AGGAUGCUGAGCGCCGAGCGGCUCUCGCUGCCGGGCACCGAGUACCUGGGUCAUUCGGCACACUUUAUUUUCCUUUUGCAGCAUCUACAGUAUUUUAUUGCACCUCCUGACCAUCCCAUGUUUGCUGUACCUUUCAAGUAUGACAGGCAAUAUUGCUUCUUGCUCAAAGACACGUCCUCACGUACAUGGAGGAUGCAGUGAGCCAGCUGCUGGAGAACAGAGAAGAUAUUAGUCAGUAUGGCAUUGCCAGGUUCUUCACUGAAUAUUUUAACAGUGUGCGUCAAGGAACACACAUCUUGUUCCGUGAGUUCAGCUUUGUCCAAGCUACCCCUCAUAACAGGGUGUCUUUUCUUCGGACCUUCUGGAGGUGUUUCCGAACAGUGGGGAAAAAUGGAGAUUUGCUGACAGCACAGGAAUACCACUGCCUUCUGCAGCUGCUCUGCCCUGAUUUCCCCAUGGAACUCACUCAGAAAGCAGCAAGGAUUGUGCUGAUGGAUGAUGCUAUGGAUUGCCUGAUGUCUUUUUCUGAUUUCCUCUUUGCUUUCCAGAUUCAGUUCUACUACUCAGAGUUCCUGGAAAGUGUGGCUACCAUUUACCAAGACCUACUGGCUGGUAAGAAUCCAAAUACUGUGAUUGUGCCAACAUCAUCUUCUGGACUGCAUCGGCAGCGCCAACCCCCAAGUGACUGCAGCCCACUUGAUGGAGUAGAGGCAUCUCUCUUCUACCAGUGCCUAGAGUCCUUGUGUGACAGAUCAAAAUACAGCUGUCCACCUUCUGCUCUUGUGAAGGAAAUGUUGAGUAGUGCACAGAGACUGACCUUCUAUGGAUUCCUUAUGGCACUUGCAAAGGAUCAGGGGAUCAACAGAGCCCUAGGGGCUUUGCCAGAUAAAGGAGACUUGUUUCUGGACCCUGCCAUGGAUCAGGAACUUGAAAAAUUGGUAGCUCAGGUUUCAGGACUUUCCAUCUCCGGUCCCACCAGCUCCACUGGGGACACAGCUAAUUUGCCUGUCCGUAACUCACCAAGGGUUAACUCUCCCUGGAAACCUCUACACCAUCGGCGAAAAAUGGAUACCGAGAGUGAAGGUUCCAAUGAAGAGACAGACUCCUCUGAAAAUUGAAGGUUACGAGGAUGGGCACAAUUCCCACCUUGGGUUUCUCCAGAACACACUGGAGGAACAGCACUUCCUCCCAAAGCAUCUGCUCUGACAAUGCUUCUGUCUAUGUCACCAGUGUGUCUGCAGCUGUGCCAGUCCCCAUUACCAGGUCCACCCAUCUCUUCCCAGGAAGAACAUUUUUCCUAGCUCCAAAUUCGUGUAGGAAUAGCCCCUCUGUAGAAGCUAUUUCCAGCUGCGUAGUUACACUGCCCUCCACUGGCAGGCAAGACAAACCUGCAGGUGCUAGGUCAGCCUCCACUUGGAAAUAGCCGGGUAUUCUCUCACCGGGGCUCUCCCUGGCAGUUCAGCAGGUGCUGGAGCAGUGGGAGUGCUCAUGCGGGCUGCUUGCCAGCGUUUUGGUGUGUAUCUGUGUUCAGACUUGGCCUAGACAAUAGAGUGGUUCAACUGCCAGCGGCAGCUCUGUGCUCAUACUCCAUUAUAAUUAUUCCCAGUAAAGCUGCACCUGCAUACGAUCAAAGGUAGAAAAAUUCCCGAAGCUCCUAGAAAAGAAGGGUGUAGGUAUUGCCAUGCUAUUUUUCUCUGCUUCCUCCUCCAUGUGUCCAAGACUUGCCAAAGCAAAUAUAGCAAAUAAUCUAGAUUGCACUAAUUACUGCAUGGUGUUGCCUUGCUCCUCUGCUGUACUGUUUCCUUCUGUGAGGCCUCCCACUGCCUCCAACAGCCCAUUAAGGUCAUUUGGAGAAGCCAUCUUUGGGGGAGAGUGAAAAGAAACCUUUAUAUUUCUCAGCCUAAGGUGGCAUGGCUUGCAAACAUACAGAGCAGCUGCUGGGCUUGAGGGCAACAGAAGCACUAGAGGAGAAGGAAACAGUUAUCAAACGAGUCCUGCUUUUUUUGGUAAAUAUUGGCAUUGUGGCAUCGCAGCGUAGCCCUUCCUUACAACUACAAAAUGAAAUAGCUUCUUGCAUCAGUGGCAGUUAAUCUGCAGUUUGGCUUCCACAGCCCUGAACACUUUGUCUAGUCCAGCUUCUGUGCCCCAGCUUGACAAGACUAGUCAUUUCCUAGCGAACUUUAGUUUCUCUUGUUUCUUUAGGAGCUUCCUUGCUCAUGCUGUCCAUAAAAUGCUGUAGCAUGGGCAAGCAAGAGCUGCUAACCCUAUAAAGCUUACAGUGUCCUUAAGCUGAGUGGAUUCAACCCAUGCUGGAGCUAUUUUUACAUUAAUCCCACAACAGCUGCUGAGUCUGUACACAGUCCCACCUGGGGCAGCAGGGUGAGGGGUUAUUUAUUUAUUUUAAGUUAUUUUAUUUAUUAACGUGCUUGCUAACUGCACUUUCUCUCCCAGCCAUCAGUGACUGUGACAGCCUGGCAAUAAAGCAAGCUGCUCAAGGCCACUGCUGCGUCCAGGUUCUUCUGGGUGGCCUGGCAGCUCCUCAGGGCACUGGCAGAGCAAUGGCCCUGUGGGAGUGGUACUAGCGGGCCCC